CGCGACAAGGCCGGCGGCCCUGAGGCCUUCUGGGGCGCCGCUGGGUUAAUAGCCGGCCGGGCUUGGGUGAUGAUUACCCGUCGCUGAGGGAGGGAGGCGGGCAGGGAGCGCGGGCGAGGGGCGAGCUGGGCCGCGGCGCCUGAGGAGGAGGAAGAGGCCGGCUCGGCUGCCUUCCCUCUCUCCCCGCCGCCAUGGCCGCGCCUUCCGAGGCCUACUACUUGGGCUUCGACUUCAGCACUCAGCAGCUAAAAGUCAUUGCAAUCAAUGAACAACUGAGAGUCAUCCACGAGAACCAUGUUAAUUUUGACAAAGAGCUUCCAGAAUUUGGCACGCAAGGUGGUGUCAACAUUCACAAGGACAGGCUGACGGUAACUUCUCCUGUAUUAAUGUGGAUCAAAGCCCUGGAUAUAGUCUUGGAAAAGAUGAAAUCUUCCAGAUUUAACUUCUCUAGAGUCAAAGCUUUGUCUGGAGCUGGACAGCAGCAUGGGAGCGUCUAUUGGAAUGACGGAGCAAACUUGAUUUUACAGAAUUUGCCAUCCGAUGUCCCUUUACAUCAGUCACUGAAGACUUGCUUUUCUGUCAACAAUAGCCCUGUUUGGAUGGAUUCCAGCACGAGUGACCAGUGCGCCGCUCUAGAAGAAGCUGUUGGAGGUGCUCAGAAGCUCGCAGAUGUUACUGGCUCACGGGCCUACGAGCGUUUUACAGGAAACCAGAUAGCGAAGAUUUACAGCCAGAACCCCGAGGUCUACGCACAGACUGAGAGGAUCUCUUUGGUCAGUAGCUUUGCGGCCUCCUUGUUUCUUGGGGCUUACGCUCGCAUUGAUUACAGUGAUGGUUCCGGCAUGAAUUUACUGCACAUCCGUGAGAAAAUAUGGAGUCCGCUCUGCCUUGAGGCUUGUGCCCCUGGAUUAGAAAAAAAGUUGGGCAAUCCUGUGCCGUGCAGCAGAAUACUGGGCUCUGUUUCGCCGUAUUACGUUAAGCGCUAUGGUUUCAAUCCUAACUGCAAAGUUGUAGCCUUCACUGGCGACAAUCCAGCAUCUCUGGUAGGAAUGAGGCUUGGAGAAGGGGACGUUGCAAUUAGCCUUGGCACGAGUGAUACAUUGUUUCUUUGGAUCAGAGAACCAAAGCCUGCUUUAGAUGGCCACAUCCUUUGCAGUCCAGCCGAUACAAAUGCCUACAUGGCCCUAUUGUGUUUUAAGAAUGGUUCUUUGAUGAGAGAGAAGAUCCGAGAUGAGCUUGCCUCUGGUUCCUGGGAAGAAUUCUCCAAAGCGUUAACAUCGACGCCUGUUGGAAAUAAUGGAAACAUUGGUUUUUAUUUUGAUGUGAUGGAGAUUGUGCCCGAAGCUGUGGGAAUUCACCGAUUUGACUCGCAGAACAACAGCGUCCCAUCAUUUCCCAAGGAAGUGGAGAUACGAGCCUUGAUAGAGGGACAGUUCAUGGUCAAACGGUUUCACGCGGAAAAGCUGGGAUAUAAAAUCCUGCCAACAACCAGAAUUCUAGCUACUGGUGGGGCAUCCUACAAUAAAGAAAUCUUACAGGUCCUGUCUGAUGUGUUCAGUGCUCCGGUUUACACUAUUGACACUGCUAAUUCGGCCUGUUUAGGUUCUGCUUACAGAGCAAUUCAUGGACUCGUGGCAGAGACAAACGUGUCCUUGGCCGACGUCGUGAAAUUAGCACCAGGACCCAGAUUAGUUGCUACUCCAGCAACUGGCGUGGCUCAGGUCUACCAACCCCUCCUUAAAAGAUACAUGGUACUUGAACAACAAGUGCUGAGUGAGCCAAAGUAAUAUCACGUGGGAAGCAAACAAAAGAAUCAAACCACUGCCUCCAUUGAAUGAAACGCAAAUUGAAGAGCAAAAGAAAUGGUAUACAUAGUGACAUAUUUCUGAGUUUUUGUACUUGAAACGGAGAGAUUGUACUUUGAUAUUUUAUAAGAUCUGGGUAAUAAAUGUUUGUCGAUUUUAUCUCUUUCUCGACCCUGAAAGGUCAUCCGAUAUUUGUAAUUCUAUUUGCCUUUCCAUGCCAUCUUUUUCUUGGAAAGUGGAAAGGAAUUCUUGAUCCACAUUGUGCGUGCUGGACUGCACAAUUUGUUACCCACCGAGGCAAACCAGCCUACCAACCGCGUAUUAAGACCUGCCACAGGCUUGAUAAUUCAGGCAAGAUAAUCAGGCUUUGUUUUUUAUUCAUUGAUUCUCUAGCCAGACACGCAGCAUGGUUGGUAAGUAGCGUUCACAAGAUGGGCAGGCCUGCUCUAUAUCCUAUAUAUCUAUCCUCUAUCUAGAUCCACGGCUUUGUGUAUCCUGCGUUCAUACAAGUUCACCAUGCAAGUGUGGAACCCAACAUUUUAAGAAUCUCAGCAUGCUGGUUCAAAGUACUGCUGUACAAAAAACAGCUCCCAAAUAUACCAACAGUGACAAGUGAAAGCUUCAUAUACCUAUAUUACUAACCCCUUAAAACGACUAGGCUUUCUCCCCAGAGAAUUCUAGGAAUUUUGUUUUGGAACUCUUGAAAUUCUCUAUGAUACAUAAAAUAUCACACAUCCACAGCCCACACAAUUUUUUUUGCGAAAGUAAGUUCUCUGGGGAGAAAGUGAGAACCAUUAAAUGUAUGUCUGUCUGUAGUACAGAGAGAGACUCUCAUAAGCUAGCUGGGAAAUGAGCAGGAUUCAAGAGAUUGCUGUGGUGGGUUUAAUGUGCUCCGUGGGUACUUCACCUUUUUAUUCCCUUUCUGCUCACUCUUGGAUCCAAAGGGUCUCCUAACCCAAGUCUGUAUAGUGUUUCUUCUCAACAUUCCUUCCUUUCUGUUACGUGGUUCCUUGUUAAAAACGAAGGGGAAAAUAAACUGAAUUGUGGAUACAGAAUAAAUAUAAGCGAAUGA